ACUACUAUUAACGAGCCUCGAUGAUGCUUCCUGAACGCAGCAGAGCAAACCAAGAUGGUGAAAUUCGGGCUCCAAUUCAAAGCAACUCUUGAGAAUGUCACCGACUUGAGACCAGAGGGCGAAGACUUUCGCUGGUUUCUGAAGCUCAAAUGUGGAAACUGUGGAGAGAUUCCAGACAAAUGGCAGUAUAUAAACCUGGCGGAGAGUGUACCGUUAAAAGGAGGAAGGGGAAGCGCCAGCAUGGUGCAGAAGUGUAAGCUUUGUUCCAGGGAAAAUUCCAUCGAUAUCCUGGGCGACACCAUUACACCGUAUAACGUUGAGGACAGCGAAAAGUUCAAGACGAUGGUGCAGUUUGAAUGUCGAGGUUUGGAGCCCGUUGACUUCCAGCCGCAGGCUGGCUUUGCUGCACAGGGAGCAGAAUCUGGAACACCAUUUCCUGAAGUAAACCUACUAGAAAAAGAUUGGACAGACUACGAUGAGAAAGUCAAAGAAUCAGUGGGAAUAUAUGAGGUCACGCACAAGUUCAUCAAAUGCUGAUGAUGUUGCCCGACAUGUGACAAGGGACACUAUUGACAAAAAAAAGUUGGUCCAGUUUCCAGAUGGAUGGAUUCCAAUAGGCACAGCGUGGCUUCAGUAUGUGGCAGACAGCAAUUGAUGUGAACAUAUAAAUACAAUUCAGCUUUUUAAAACAUCUUCAAUAAAAAUGAGAAAAUACAAA